AUGAAGGAUUCUGGUCAAAAUGAGCUCAUACCGACCCAGGGCCCAGAGGAUUCUGGUCAAAAUGAGCUCAUAACGACCCAGGGCCCAGAGGAUUCUGGUCAAAAUGAGUGCAUAACGACCCAGGGCCCAGAGGAUUCUGGUCAAAAUGAGCUCAUAACGACCCAGGGCCCAGAGGAUUCUGGUCAAAAUGAGCUCAUACCGACCCAGGGCCCAGAGGAUUCUGGUCAAAAUGAGCUCAUAACGACCCAGGGCCCAGAGGAUUCUGGUCAAAAUGAGUACAUAACGACCCAGGGCCCAGAGGAUUCUGGUCAAAAUGAGUGCAUAACGACCCAGGGCCCAGAGGAUUCUGGUCAAAAUGAGCUCAUAACGACCCAGGGCCCAGAGGAUUCUGGUCAAAAUGAGCUCAUACCGACCCAGGGCCCAGAGGAUUCUGGUCAAAAUGAGCUCAUAACGACCCAGGGCCCAGAGGAUUCUGGUCAAAAUGAGUACAUAACGACCCAGGGCCCAGAGGAUUCUGGUCAAAAUGAGCUCAUACCGACCCAGGGCCCAGAGGAUUCUGGUCAAAAUGAGCUCAUACCGACCCAGGGCCCAGAGGGUUCUGGUCAAAAUGAGUACAUAACGACCCAGGGCCCAGAGGGUUCUGGUCAAAAUGAGUACAUAACGACCCAGGGCCCAGAGGGUUCUGGUCAAAAUGAGUACAUAACGACCCAGGGCCCAGAGGGUUCUGGUCAAAAUGAGCUCAUAACGACCCAGGGCCCAGAGGGUUCUGGUCAAAAUGAGCUCAUAACGACCCAGGGCCCAGAGGAUUCUGGUCAAAAUGAGUGCACUACAUAG